AUGGAAGCACACACGCCUAAGAAAGAAUAUGAGCUUGCCGAAAGCUACAAGCUUGAACUCGAAGACGUUACUCUUGAGGCCGUCAACGAAGAUCUGUCCUCGAGUAACAAAUAUGUUAAGCUGAUAAAUGGGGUAUCUGUUACUUUCGAGUCAGGAAAGCUGUCGGCUAUUAUGGGGCCCAGUGGAAGCGGUAAAACAACACUAAUAAACUCAAUUGUGGGGAUGGUUCAGGAAGGCUCGAUGACAUAUGGAAGAAUACUGUUCCGGGAGGAGGAAAGGGAUCCCAAGACAUGGCUAUUCCACGUAGCGUACCUAUCUCAGGAUGAUUGCACGGCUCCUUACAUAACUGUUUACGAGUACAUCUAUUUCUGUGUGAACUGCAGAACAACAAGGAAGCAGAGAGGAGGAAGAAGUACCGAGGAGGUUGUUGACGAAGUGAUGAAAAGGCUUCACAUCGAAAGCCUCAGAGAUGUGGUUAUGACAGCAGUUUCCGGGGGAGAGAGAAAGAGGGUGAUGAUAGCCAUCGAGUUUGCUGUUGUUCCGGAUGUAUUGAUUCUUGAUGAGCCAACCACCGGACUUGAUUCCCAUCUCGCAUUUGAGCUAAUUCAAAUGGUCAAGCAAUAUGCUGUUGAAAACAACAAGAUUGUAAUCACAACCAUCCACCAACCCGGACCAGGGCUGUUCGACAUGUUUGAUUCCCUCUUAUUCCUCCACGAGGGAUCUGUAGUGUACUCUGGGCCUGCCGAUAGAUGUGAAAGCUUCUUCAACACCAAAGGGAUCCACAGGACAGGGCUAUCUAUGAGUGAGUUUCUGUUUGAGCUUUUUUCCAAUAAAUCCAGUGUUCCUGGGAUCGAGGAGUAUAGAGAGAUGGUCAACCAGAUGAAAGAGUCAGCAUUCCAAGAGGGAAUGUCGAAAAGUGCAAAUAAGACCCUGAAGUGCAAUAACGAUUCUGUAACUAAGCUUCCAUUCAGCUUUUGGAAGGCUUUUCAGAUAGCCAAGAGACAAUGGACUCUUGAAUGGAGAUCCUGGAUGAUGAUGAAGAGUCGUCUCUUCGAGAUCCUCUUCCUGGCGUUUUAUAUCUGCGUGUCAUAUCCUAUUUUCUUUAUUACGCAACUUGCAAAUCUUGCCAACAUGUUUCAUCUAAAUACGGAUGAAAAGACUGACUCAGAAUCCACCUAUCUCUGGCUUCUCAAUUCCUUGAAGUCGAAAGUCGACGAAUCAUUGUCGCCCAACAUAGACGAAACUAUCAAAUGGCAGCAGAGCCUUCCUUUAUUCUUGUCUAUUUUAUUUUUUAAUUCAAGUGGGUUGCUCGAUGGCGUGGAUUAUAUCUUUAGGGAGAUGUCUAAGGCGACAUAUGGAGCAUCAACACUAUACUUCUCGGUAUGGAUUGUAGAAAUCCCGCCGAUGAUACUGAAGUGCUUUGCGUUUAUAGCCCUUACGUCACUUACUGGGGUCAAGGAGGGAAACACACCCCAGUUGAUUGCCUAUAUCACAAUAGGAAGCUUUUUAGUGUCAGUGUUUAAUAUGAUGACGAGAGUCUUUGGAAGUACUAGUGGAGUUCUUAGAGUACUUCAGUCAACGGUCAAUACGGUAUUCAUAUUUCUUGUUACUCCAGGAUCUUUAUAUAUGAUUUCCGCACGCCUUGAUUCUUCCCAGAAUGGAAUUGUUGGAUACCUGAAGUUCUUGAAGUAUCCUUUAAUGCUCCUGUGGCCUAAGAUUUUUUUUGAAAGCUUUAUGAAUCUAUCUUUCUUCGAAAGAGUGUUGUUUUCUCAAGAGCUAAAUGAAAAGGCCUCUCCAAUAUAUAAAGCAGCCAUAGGAUUCCUGCUAGGCUUACCGCUCGACACAAAUCUCAGCACUGAGGAAACCAAGGCCAUGCUCUGUGAUCCUCAGAUGAAGUUUCUAGCUGACUAUGACUACUCGAAGUAUCUUCUGCUGCCUCUUCUGGUUCUCUCAUUCAUGGUCGUUGUUCAGGUCAGCAACUAUUUCUUGGUGCGGAGAUACGCACCCCACCUACGGCUCAAGCUAUCCACUCAAUAA